GUCUAUAUAAAUUCGCACAAGCAGUCGGCGCGUGUGGUGUAAUGCGAGCGUGAGUGUGCGCUGCCGGCUAAUGUGAUUUCGUUCCUGUCUCCGAUAUUAUUGGGUUAUUUUACCGAGCAGAAUGUCGUUGUCCGAUGAGCUGGAUGUUGAUUUUUGCUUCGAAGUUGCUCUUCCGUUGGUGAAGCAGGCGGGCCAGGAAAUAUUGCGAGGCUUUGAGAACAAAGACAAAGAGGUGCAAUCAAAAAGUUUCGCCGAUGAUUUAUUGACUGAGACUGACCGACGUGUCGAAGAUUUAUUGAUUGCCAAGCUCAAAGAGACGUUCCCCUCGCACAGGUUCAUCGGCGAGGAAAGCGUAUCCUCGGGAGGCAAGUUCAUUGCGAGCACCGCGGAACCAACAUGGAUCAUCGACCCUAUCGACGGCACGACCAACUUUGUGCACGGCUACCCGCAGGUGUGCGUGAGCGUGGCGUUGUGGGCGCAAAAUUGUCCCCAGCUGGCGUUCGUCUUUAAUCCUGUUCUGGAUCAACUCUUCACUGCCAAGAAAGGACGGGGUGCCUUCCUCAAUGGGCGAAAGUUGAGCGUCUCCAAAACGACUGAUUUGAAGCAGGCACUUGUCGGAGGUGACAUCCUUGCAUAUCAAAAUGAAGUGGACCGCCUGGAAGUUUCCAUCGCAAAUGCCAAGAGCGUGAAAGCAAUCGCCAGGGCUUUCCGCAUACCUGGAUCUGUAGCGAUUACAUUAGCAUAUGUGGCGAUGGGAGGCCUGGAUGCGUAUUUCGAGCAGGGACCCAAAAGUUGGGAUUUCGCAGCCGGAGUUCUGCUGGUGACUGAAGCGGGUGGCGUCGUCCGCAGCCUCCUCGGAGAGCCGUUUGAUUUGUUCGGCAGGAAUGUUCUCGCGACCUCAACAGAGCCACUCGCAGACCAACUCGCUGCUAUCUUGAAACCGUUCCCUUGUGAAAGAGAGGGUGGACCAGGACCGUACAAGUUUUAAGUUAAAUAUCUCAAUAUAAUUCCAAGUUGUGUAAUGUACAGUAUUGAGUUUCUCAAUUUGAGGUGUAUAUAAAAUAAUUUUCAAUAAAUAAUUAUCUUUGAA